AUGUCACGCAUAGAUGCCGCUCUGGCGGUGGAACAUGAGGGAUCUAUUGCAGCUUUACGACAGGACGCUGAGACAUGUCGAACGAGAAUAGCACAGGUGGUGCAGGCAACGCUGGAAUGGAAACAAAAGACCGAGGUGGAGGAUCUGUGGAUGGAUCUACUGACGGGGGAUGAGUACACGUCUUACGAUACCCGAGCAUCGUAUUUCCGAACUAUGGAUCGAUAUGGAGGAAUCACUUACCUACGGCUGGCCAAGGUGUGGAAGAUGGCUGAACAUUCCGGAUGGGGAGGAAUUAUGGGGAAGGAUCUACUCAAGAGAGUCGACGAGGAGGCCACAAAGUACAAGGAACACCCGGGUUGUCUGGUUGCGCUCAUAUCAUACUUGACAUUUGAUGUGGAUGCUCGAGACUAUGCAGUUGACCGUAUGCUGCCAUGGUUCCAUGCUCUCAAUGACGAUGAGAGAUACUUGUGGUAUGAUUUGUUGGAGGUUUUGGUGAAGGGAAAAACACAUCCGCCUCCAGGAGGGCUGGCAGCAUGGACUGAACUAUAUGUUUUAGCUGAUGCUGACCCCAACCCGUUGUGGUUGGGUCACCUACUCAGUGCGGCCUCUCUCUGGGGCUGGGAUACUACGUCAAUCGUUGGAGAUACCAAGUACACCAACGGAUGGGACCGAACAGAUGGAUACACUACGGCUGAGACUGAGGAUCUGGAGUUUGCAGAUAUUGAUGAGUGUGUUGAUUGGAUUGAGAAGAACCCUGGAGAUCCACGGGCACCUGACUACCUGGCUGAUUUCGCCUCGCAUCCCCAAUUUAUAGGUGUAAUUGACACCAUGGAUCCGUCAGACAAGAUUUCAUACUGGGCUGCUGCUGCCAAGAAGGCCACGGGUGCUACUCUGAGCUAUUCUCUAUACAGUCUGGUCGAAUACUUUGCACAGGAUGAUGAGCUGCUUCGAAGCCGAGCAGUUGCGGCUGUGGUGGGUGCAGCAUGGGUUUUGGAGGUGAAGCCGCUGGACUUGUUGGGCCAGUUUUGGGAGGUUAUUGGACUAUUCGCAGCACGCAAGAAAGUGUGUGAUGUGUUGGCGGUGUGUGUUGGAGUCAGCAAUGUCGAAAUGUCCCGUUUGAUUGAGCGUUAUGUGGUUCCAAUUGGCGUUCUUGAAGAGCGAGGGCUCAUUGACUAUCUUGCUGAGCUGUCAUCUACCACAGUGGCGGAGGUUGUUCGUCGAAACAUUCCUGAGGUGAUUGCAGCGGCCGUUAUCAAGUAUCAGAGACGUUACGCUGGCGAAAUCAAGGAGAUGCUUGACUGGGCGGGUAUUCAACGGGACGUUCACGACAUCUAUGCUGAGCAUGGUGUCAGAUCAAGAGUGCUAUUGAGUAUCUUGUGUCGGUGGGAAGAGGCCGAUAGUGAGCCUGUUGAUGCUGCUCUCGGUGUGCUUGCAACCUGGGGAAACACUAACCCCGAAUCACUUCUCAAGGGCACUAUGUUGUCCCUUAUGUUGCAUGUGGCCAACAUUUUGGAGAACCCUCAUACCGUCGAUGAGAAGACCAGUGCUUUACGGGCGCUUCAGAAGGUGACACUGUCUGUUUCCAAAGAGAUCUCGGCCAUUUUCCCGCAGCUAUUUGUUUGUCUUCAGUCUGCCAUUGAGGUUCCUGAGCUCAGAUCGUCCUGUGUGGAGUUGUUAAUCUGUUUGGGUAAGUACCUUCCCGAAGAGCAUUACCUGAUUGCUUCUCUUUUCACUGGCUGGCUCAGUUUGAUUGGCUCCCGUGAUAGACAGCUUAUCAAUAAGAGUGGUAUUGCACUUUCUGAGCACCCCAAGGAAGAUGCAGAUGAACAUUUGGCUUACCUGAUAUCUACCCCUCGCCAUGAUAAUGUCUAUGUCGCACGGCGGGUUCUAAUGUGUCUGCAGACUCAUCUCUUCACUAACAUCAGCAAGAUACAGUCCGACAAGCGACCUGCUGCUGCUCUCCUGGUUCGUUGGGUUCAGGAGUUUGCUCAUCAAUCCAACGACGUUGCUUACCUGGCCUGUGUGAACCUUGGCGUACUGAAUUCUCCACGCACCCUCAAUAUGGAGAAGCCGCCUCAUCCUGUGGUUGUGGAUUGGUCUGGCCCUGAGCGUCGUGAAUUUUGCAUCUACCUACUCACGAACGUUCUCUCAAAAUGUUAUUCUCAGAGCACUGAGGUGCAGACACAGCAGUACAUUGCGAUUGGUAUUCAGGAGAUCUUGAGGAAGGAGCAGUUGACAAAGGAGGAAUGGAGUCGCAUCGAUAACGAAACUCGGUUGAUUCUCACUCCCCUCACGAUGUCAACGUUCUACGUGGGUAAAGACACUGGCAAGAGGAAGGACCGACCAGUGUGCUCCGAGCCCUAUGAGGACUGGAUCAUCAAUUACUGUCGGUGGCUCACUAACUUGAUCAUGGAGCAAGGCUCUUUGGCGGAGAAGGAGAUCUACGAGAUGUUGCUGCCAACCAUGAAGCAGUCUCCGGAGAUUGCCACCUUUCUGUUCCCCUACUUGUUCGCGUGUGUGGUGGUCCACUGCAAGACAGCUACCCGGAAGGAGCUCAACCUGUCCAUUACGGAGAUUCUGUCUCGGUCGCUGACUCAUGACUUCUACCGAACUGUGUUCCGAGUGGUGGACUAUCUUAUUGUCUACAUGCAGCAUUUGCUGGCUCCUCCGGAAGAAGGUGAUCCUGCUGAUAAGAAGGAUCUUAAGUUGAAUGCUACCAGGCAGCGAGCCAAGCGUGUGGACACCUUUUUGCAACGUAUCGACAGUGAGCAGCUGGUUGAUAAAGCCAUGGUUUGUGAGAGUUAUUCGCGAACUGUUCUCUAUCUCGACACUGCUGUCCGUCGAGUUCCCGAGAUGAAAGACGAGGUGUACCAGAAGCUGUUCAAGGUAUAUUCUGAAAUGAAAGAUACGGACGCGCUUGCCGGUAUUGUCACCAAGAUGGAGUCUCUGUCUCCCCAGCAGCAGGUGGACCAAUAUGAGGGGCUCAAGAAGUGGGAUCUGGCUCUCAGUUGUUGGUCUGUGGAGCAUUUCCAUCUCCCCAAGGGAAAGCAGUACUUCAACUGUCUUCUCAAUGCUCAUCGGUAUGAGACUCUGUUGCAUGAAGCUGAGAAGAGUCUCAUCUGUUUUGAGAAUGAGUCAGUCGACAUCACUGUUGAGGCUGCUUGGCGGUUGGGUAAUGUCGACAAGGUGAGAGAAUGGUGUGACAUUGCUCGGAGCCGAGGUCAUGAAUCUUACUCUACCUGCAUGGCCCAGGCUAUGAUUGCCUUUGGAGAUGGGGAUACAGACUGUGUCAGCAGUCAGAUUCGCAUGGCCCGAAACUUCGUCAAGCGAGAUCUCGUCAACCCACAUACCCUAUCGCUGUCGUUUGAUCGGCUACAUGCUCUUGCUGACUUUGAAUCUGUCGCCAAAGUUGCUGAGUGCUUCUCUCAGGAUCACCGAAGCAUUUCUGAGGCGCUCGAUAAGCGUCUUGAGGACGUUUCAGACCAGCUGUACAUUCUAGAUAUUCGGAAGUUCAUUUUCUCUGUCUCAAAGCUGCCUUUCGCCACUGUGGAAGUUGCCCACAUCUGGACAAAACUCGCAGCCCAGUAUCGUCAUGCAGGUCGUGUGGAGCUGGCUACUGCAGCUGCUCUUCAAGGCAUGGUCUACACGCCAAGAGGGCGUAUGGAGUACGCUCAGCUUCAGUGGCAGGAAGGAGAUAUGCAGGGAGCACUCCGAACCCUUGAGAAAGAUCGUGGUCACGAUGGUGAGGUGGCUCUGCUGUAUGCUGGUUGGCUAGCCCAAAGUGGACAUGUCGGUUUUUCGGUGGCUUCCAAAACCUACAUUGCUGCUACUGAGCUCGCCAAGACCGAGAAGGCCUACUACGAGCUGGCACGAUUCUACCAUGGUGUCAUCCAGGAUCAGGAUGGAAAUAACAAGGUGAAUGAAUACGAGAACGGCCAAUUGACCCUCACCAUGAUCACAGCUCUAGUGUCGGCUCUACAGCUGGGUAACAAGUAUGCUACUGAGACUCUGCCUAUGCUUCUGAGUGCCUGGCUUGAUAUGGGUGAUGAAGAGUCUCCUAAAAAGUCUGGUACUUUGGCUCGUAUCAAUUCGUUGAUCUCGUCUAUGCAUCAGAACAUUCCUGCGUCUACGUUCUAUGCCGGAAUGUCUCAGAUGACGGCUCGAAUUGCUAUGGACAAUGCUGCCACCCUCGAUGUCAUGAACAGCAUCAUGAUUCACGUCUGUGAAAAGUACACUGACAGAACCAUCUGGCACCUGUUGUCUUUGUCGCAGUCGAGCAAUGCUACUCGAAAAAGCCGAGGAUCCAAUCUGCUUCGGUCUCUCAGGCAGAACCCCAACAUCAACAAAAACACGGUCGAUAAGUCGGAGAAGUUUGCCCUUUCACUGAGAAAUACACUUAGGGCUCGAUACAAUUCAAAACAGAGUCAGGUGCGCGUGACGAAGGAUCUCGGUUUCAACCCCAAGUUAGUUCCCUGUCCUUUGUGUGUACCUUGUGAGGAUUUCAUGUCCAACACGAAUGCACAAGUUGUUUCCAUUAUCGGUGUCCGUGAGAAGGUCACCAUUAUGCGAUCCCUUCAGCACCCCUUCAAGAUCACCUUGGUUGGUUCUGAUGGCAAAGACUAUCCUGUUUUAUUGAAAAACAAGGAUGAUGUUCGAAAGGAUGCCCGAUUGUUGGAAAUCACCCAGUUGGUUGACAAGCUGCUUGCUAAGAACACUCUGGGUAUUAAGACCUACUUUGUCACUCCUCUUGGUGACUCCUGUGGUUUGAUUGAGUGGGUGUCUGGUUCGGUAACUGCCAAGAGUGUCAUUCUACGCUUCUAUGAAGACAUUGACUGGGGUACUCUGACUGAGCAGUUGGAGUAUGGAGCCUCCCGGGGAAAGAAGACCGGUGCUAAGGUCUUCUUGAAGAUUCUCAAGAACUACCAACCGGAGCUUUACCGUUGGUUCUUGGAGAAGUUCAGUGAGCCUCAUAAAUGGCUGCGAGCUCGUGACAAGUUCACCAAGUCACUGGCCGUCAUGUCCAUUGUAGGCUAUGUACUGGGUCUGGGUGAUCGGCAUCUGGAGAACAUUUUGCUACUGGGUGACGGAGGAGUGAUGCAUGUUGAUUUCGACAAUUUGUUCGAGAAGGCUCUCAGUUUAACUAAGCCUGAAAUGGUCCCCUUCCGUCUUACUCAGAACCUGGUCGAUGCAAUGGGCGUGACCGGUUACGAGGGUCAUUUCAGACGAUCUUGUGAGUCUACAUUGGCUCUUCUUCGACAGCAUGAGUACACUAUCAUGACUGCCUUGGAGUCGUUUGUUCACGAUCCCAUUAACGACUGGAAGUCGGGCGGUGGUGACUCAGGUUUCUCUGUGGGACCUCGAAGGCAAGCAUCUGGACCCAAGGAAGCUCUGAGUAUCGUUCGCAAGAAGAUCCAGGGUGUUGUUCCUCAGGAAGCGUUACCAUUGAGUGUUUCUGGAGAAGUAGAGCAUCUUAUUCAGGACGCCAUCAACCCCGAAAACCUCUCUCUGAUGUAUGUUGGAUGGCUUCCCAUGAUGUGA